AUGGCUCACACAGAGGAAGACCUACAGUUCCUUGUGGAUCAGUUUUCACAAGCGGCACGGCUCUUGGGCGUCACAAUAAGCUUGCCAAAAACAGAGGUCCUGCACCAAUCAACUACAGCAACACCUCCAAACAUCACCAUCGAAGGCACCCAGCUGAAGACUGUGGAGGACUUCAAAUAUCUUGGCAGUGUCGUAGACAACGAUGGCUCUCUUGAUAAGAAGAUCAACUCCAGAAUCUGCAAGGCCAGUCAAGCCCUUGGACCACUCAAAAUCCAUAUCCUCUCCCAGCACAGUAUCAAGCUCUCGACUAAGCUCCAGAUUUACAUAACCAUUGUCCUCACCAGCCUCCUUUAUGGAUGUGAGACCUGGACUCUGUAUAGGCACCACCUGAAACUACUAGAAAAAAUCCACAUCAAAGGCCUCAAGUCAAUUCUAGGCAUUCGUGGUAGGACAGAGUCUCAAACAAUCUCAAAGAGUCUCAGCCAACUCUACCAGCAUCGAGGCUAUGAUCCUCAAGAGCCAACUUCGUUGGUCCGGCCACAUCAUCCGCAUGAAUGA